AUGGACCCCCCAAACAGAGGGAGGCAAUGGAGAGGUAGAGGAGGAGCCAACCAUGUCGAUCACAGAAGAGGUGCUGAGGCUGGUCAGAGAGAAGAGGAAGUGAUAGCCAACCAAGAGAGACGGGAAAGAGGUAGAGGAAGAGGUAGAGAGAGAGGGGGAGGGAGAGGAAGAUCUGCAGGCAGUGGCACCCCUCAGAUUCAUCCAUUGUCGUUCGAAACCUUGGAGGAUCUGUCAGGGAAAGACCCUUCAGAGGUAGCCAUCACUCUGGCUUACAGCAAAGGACUGCAAGUUCUCCUCGACGAGAGAGAGAUGCGACAGGACCUCAUUCAGCUUCUCUGCCAAGUAUUAUGCAAGGCCUUCUUGUCUAAAACCGACCGCCGAACCAUACAGGACUUGACUGGCUUAAUCAAGGAUUCCGGAUUCCUCCGAACCAUCCUGCCCCAUUACGUGAUGGGAAUGGCAUCAGAGUUUGACAACAUCCGCCGGGACCAGUACCCCCAGCACUUGGACAACAUCAUGACCCUUCUCUCCGAGGUGCUCAGCAUCUUCCCAGCUAGCUCUAUCCAGGCCGUGUCCAUGAUAGUGGCCCUCUUCAGACCAGUCAUCAACAGCCUGCGAGCUGUAGAGGUGGACGUCCUGGAACAGACGAAGGAGAACCUGGAGAGGAUCCAGGGCCUGGUCGAGCACCUCCAGGAGAGAACCAGGGAGGGCACCCUGAGGUCUGACAACUACUCCUUCAUCACCCCCCAGGAAGACGCUCCACCUGGGGAGGCCGACUUCAGGACCCUGCCCAUCUACCCCACCCCCGAAGAGUUCCACCUGGACCAGAGGACCUACCUCAGGCCCAACCUUAUCUCUCAUCGCUACGCCAGCGGACUGCUCUACCUGGACACGCACUUCCGGCUCAUGCGAGAGGACUUUGUGAGGCCUCUUCGAGAGGGAAUCCAGCAGCUGCUUCAGAGCCAGCAGGACCUGGGCAAUAAAGACAUCCCUUUGAGAAAGAUGCGCUUUGAUGACAUCAGAGUGUACUUUGACACUCGACUGGUGGUUCCAUUGUGCACCCCGUCUGGUUUGGCCUAUAAGGUCCAUUUUGACUCCCAUCCUCUUAAGUUUGUCAACUGGCAGAACUCCAAGCGGCUGAUAUACGGCUCCCUGCUCUGCAUGUCCUGUGACAACUUUGACACCUUCCUGUUUGCUACUGUGUCGGACCGGGACCCCAAGGAGCUACAGAAGGGCUUUGUCCAGCUCAGUUUCUUAGGGGAGAGCAGGCGAGCCCUGGCAGGAGUGGAGGCCCACCAGUCCUUCCUCAUGGUGGAGACCACAGCCUACUUUGAGGCCUACCGCUACGUCCUCGAAGGGCUGCAGGAGCUGGAGGUAGAGGAUCUGCCCUUCCAGAGGUAUAUAGUGGAAUGCAGCUCAGACGUCGAACCUCCUGCCUACCUGCCCAGGGCAGAUACGUAUGACCUGUCUGCUAUUGCAGUGCCUGAGUUUAAGAGCAGUAUCAAGAGCUUCCACACCUUAGAUCCUGAAGCCUGGCCCCCCAUGGAGCAGCUGGGAUUGGACGAGUCUCAGAUGAGAGCCCUUCAGCUCGCCCUCACCAAGGAGCUGGCCAUCAUCCAGGGACCCCCAGGCACAGGGAAGACCUACACAGGACUAAAGAUCGCCCAGGCUCUGUUGACCAAUCAGGAGGAGGGGAGAGGUUUCACCUCCCCCAUGCUGGUGGUUUGUUACACUAACCACGCUCUGGACCAGUUCCUAGAAGGCAUCCACAAGUUUUUACCAGACGGUAUUGUGAGAGUGGGUGGGCAAAGCAACAGUGAGGUCCUGAAGUGUUUCACCCUGAGGGAGCUGAAAAGCUCCUAUAACUUCCGCUGCAAGCUACCUCAUCAUCUUCGCCAUGCUUACAGUGAGAUCUAUGAUGCAUUGCGGACAGAAGAGACUAAGAUCCAGACUCAGUCUGUGCAGCUGGAGUGCAGUCUUCGGGGUGUCUUAAGGGAGCAGUACCUCCAAAAGUUCAUCUCAGAGAAACACUGGGAUAGCCUGAUCCUCCAGCCUGCACUGGAUGGUUUUGAGAGCUAUGGUGGGAAGAAGCCGUCUCUUAUUAUGGAGUGGCUGGGGUUAGGUUCCACUGCCUUCCAGCAGAGGACGCCACAUCCUCAAAAUUGCAAUGCAGAUGGGGAAAUGGACGAAGCUAUAGAGGAAGAGGACGACCUGAUCGAGAUAGCGGAGGAGGCAGACCUGAUCCAGGCAGAACGCUUUGUAGAAGACUCAAACACGCAUCAUGGUCGGGAUGAAGAUCGAAGAAAGAUGGAGGAGAUAGUCAGGGAUAUGGCAGAACAGAUGCUGGCCAUGAACCUGGAGAACACUGAGAUACAGGCAGAGCAGAGUGAAGAAGGCUGGGAGAUGCAGCGGGUACAGAAGAGGAAGAUGAAACAUCGUAUUAGGAGGGAGCUGGGCAGCAGCUCAGCCGUGAGUGAGGAUGAGGAGGACACCAUUCUGGAUGUGUGGACUCUCAGUCUGCCAGACAGAUGGAGACUGUACCGGUUUUGGGUGGGGCGUUACCGGACGGAGCUGCGUAUGCGAGCCCAGCAGGCGGAGCAGGACUAUCAGGACGCUGCCGAGCGUCUGGCUGAGAUUCGUCUCCAUGAGGACAUACGUGUCCUGAAGGAUGCCAAGGUCAUCGGCAUGACGACUACGGGGGCUGCUAGAUGCCGCAAAGCUUUGCAGGAAGUGAGUCCCCGCCUGGUGAUCGUGGAAGAGGCGGCGGAGGUACUGGAGGCCCACACCAUCACCACUCUGAGCCAGGCUUGCCAGCACCUCAUCCUCAUUGGAGACCACCAACAGCUCCGGCCCAGUGCAACAGUGUUUGACCUGGCCAAAAACUUCAAUCUUGAAGUGUCCAUGUUUGAGAGGCUGAUCAAGAUGGACUUUCCGUAUGUCAGACUUAACUACCAGCAUCGUAUGAGGCCAGACAUUGCCUGUCUCCUGGUCCCUCACAUCUACUCUGAGCUGGAGAACCACCCCUCAGUGAUGGACUUCGAGAAUGUUAAGGGGCUUCACUCAAACAUGUUCUUUGUGGAGCAUAAUUACCAUGAGGAGGAGAUCAAGGAUGGAAAGAGUCACCAGAACCGCCACGAGGCCCUCUUCGUGGUAGCUCUGUGUCGCUACCUCCUGUUACAGGACUACCAGCCGUUCCAGAUCACCAUCCUCACCACUUACACAGGGCAACUCCACUGUCUGCGCAACCUCAUGCCAGCCAAAGAGUUCAAUGGGGUCAAAGUUCAUGUUGUGGACAAAUAUCAAGGGGAGGAAAAUGAUAUUGUCCUGCUGUCCCUGGUUCGAAGUAACAAACAGGGGAAGGUGGGUUUCUUGAACAUCCCCAACCGUGUCUGUGUAGCCCUGUCACGGGCUAAGAAGGGCCUCUACUGCAUUGGAAACAUGGACAUGUUGGGAAAGGUCAAGCUUUGGAGCAACAUCCUGCACACGCUGCGAGAGAAAGACCAAGUGGGCCCUGCACUGACUUUGUGCUGCCAGAACCACCCUGAGAAACACAUUAAAGUGUCCUGCGGAGACGACUUCAAACAAGCUCCUGAGGGAGGCUGCAACCUGCCCUGCGAGUUCCGCUUGAACUGUGGUCACGUGUGCGCCAGUGCCUGCCACCCGUACGACCAAGAGCACAAAAAGUACACAUGUAACAAGAAGUGCCAGAAGGUCCUCUGUGAGCUGGGGCAUCGAUGCCAACUUCAGUGCUACCAGGAGUGCUCUACUGACUGCCUUAAGCAGGUAGAAAAGAUUGUACCACAGUGCCAGCACAAGCAGAUGGUGCCCUGUCACCAGGCUCCAGAGAAGUUUGUGUGCCAGGAGCCCUGUCAGAAGAAUUUAAUGUGUGGGCAUCCAUGUGCCUUGGUGUGUGGGGAGUCCUGCACCACCACCUGCAUGGUGAUGGUCAUAUUUGAGCUCAAAUGUGGACACAAGCAAGAAGAUCCCUGUCAUUUUAAAAGAUCUACCAUACAGCCAGACUGCAGGGCACAUUGUAAACAGAUGCUGAAGUGUGGCCACCCCUGUCCUGGUUCCUGCCAGAGGUGCCACCAGGGCCGCUUCCACAUGGGCUGUUCCCACCAAUGUGAUCGCCUCCUUGUCUGCUCCCAUAAGUGUCGGGAGCCCUGUACACGUGGAUGCCCACCCUGUCCAAUGCGCUGUGAGAAUCGCUGCGUCCAUAGUGUCUGUAUGAAGCCCUGUGGCCAGCCCUGUGCCCCCUGCAUAGAGCCUUGCGCCUGGAAGUGCCCUCAUCAGCGCUGCAACAAGCUUUGCCAUGAGCCUUGUGACCGUCCACCAUGCGCCCAACCCUGUACCAAAACCUUGCACUGUGGGCACCCAUGCAUCGGCUUGUGUGGAGACCCCUGCCCCAACAAGUGCCGUGUUUGCCACCACGAGGAGGUAACAGAGAUCUUCUUUGGUACGGAGGACGAUGUUGAGGCCUGUUUCAUUCAGCUAGAGGACUGCGGACACCUUUUUGAGUCCACGUCCAUGGACACAUACAUGGAGAUGGAUGAGAACCAGGAGGCUACCGAGGAGAAGGUCGCAAUAAAGUUGAAGGAGUGCCCCAAGUGUCGCACACCCAUCCGCAGGAAUCUCCGGUACGGGGCUCAUGUCAACCGGAGUCUGGUGGAAAUUGAGAAAGUGAAGGAGAAGAUUAAUGGAACACAGUCAGAUAUUGAGGUACAGAAGGUUGUCCUUAAGCAGCAAUGGAUUGACAAGGAGGACUUGCUAAGGUACCUACCUAUGGAGUACAUACAGAUCAGAGAUACACUGAAAGCAUCCAACCUCACAGCGAAGGAACUAUGGAUCACUGAGAACAAGAUGGCCUUACUUGAGAGACUGAACAAGCUGCUGAAGAUUCGUAGGGGGCACAUGUCAAGCGCGGAAACCUUUUACUUUGACAAGAAUGUUCCGGAGUUCCUGAAGUGGCUGAUGGAUCAUCCCCAAAAGUUCACAGAGCAGCAGGCUUCUGAUCUGCAGAGCGAGCUACAGAGGCUCUCCUUUUUGGCGGAGCUCAACGCCCGCUGCAAGAUGGCUAAUGGAACAGGCCGUGGGGUCAACGUUCAGGCUGAGGUCACAGCCAUAAGGAAGAUUCUGGAGAGAAUGCAGCCUUUCACUCAGCAAGACGAGGACUUGGUAAAGCAAGCACUUAAAGACCUGUAUAAAAAGCUACCAAGCACUGGCCUUGGGAUCACUGAUGAAGAAAGGAUAAUGAUUGUUAAAGCUAUCGACCUGAGUGUUGGACACUGGUACAAGUGCCCCAACGAUCACAUCUACGCCAUCGGAGAAUGUGGAGGGGCCAUGGAGCGUAGCAACUGCCCAGAAUGCAACGCUACGAUUGGUGGAGCAAGCCAUGCUCUGGCCAGUGGCAACAGAGUGGCAUCAGAGAUGGAUGGGGCGCAAGGUGCUGCGUGGUCCGAAGUCAACAAUGUGCUGAACUUUGACCUGAUGCACCUUGAUGAUUGAAAACAGAUUGUUUUCAGUUUAAUUGUGACUUGUCAUGACUGAUGUGACAGUUAUCACAAUGUGCACUCCAGAAAGCAUAGCUGUAUUAAUUGAUAUAUUUAAUGCUGAAAUUACAGUAAAUGAUUCAUUGAAUGUGAUGAAAUGAAUCUGCUUCGCAAAAUAUAAUACAUAUUCAGUUUUAUUUCGCAGAGGUGAUGUUUAACAAUGUCACUCCAGAGUACAAUACCGAAAUUAUUUGUGACUUUUUGCUACUGUAUCUGUGUGAUCUUGAAAGUUGAAAAUUAACGAUUGCUCAAAAAAUCAUUACACAUAAUGUUCAACCCAAUGUACAAUAAUGAAUUAUGCAAACGAUUAGACUGGAUUGUUACGUGUGAUGAUGGGCCUACAUUUUUAGACACCUGAGUGUAUUUUCCAGUCACACCAAUGGAUGGCAGCAGUGUAUUGUUAAUUUAACAAAGAGUUGGCUUGAUACUUGCAAUUCUGGCCUUUUACACAAAUAUAAUAAAACUAUCUGAGAUGAUCCAA